AAAAAAAAACUGGAGGAGGAAAGUACACUCUCCAAAACAGGUACCCAAAGGGUUUCCAACACAAAAUUGAAAGGCAUUUGUUUUCACUAGAAGAAAAUGUGGUUCCAUCUGGGUAAGAUAUUUUCGCCUAUGGUUGUCUUGAUAGCUUAUCUACUAUCAUGUCAGGAUACAGCUGCAGCACACAGUAAGCUAACAGGAUUGCCUUCGCAGAGACUUAGAAGGCAAUCUGGAGCACCUGUACCAAUUAGCUGUCAGCUAAGCCGGUGGUCAGAAUGGACUGAAUGCUUUCCUUGUCAAGACAAAAAAUACAGAUACAGAACUUUGCUGCAACCAUCCAAAUAUGAAGGGAACAUGUGCAUUGGCAGUCUUUGGGAUAAAGUGGCAUGUGAACCAACAGGAACAUGUACUAUGAGUCAAAAUUGUGGCAGUGAUUUUAAGUGUAAAGACAGUGGUCGCUGCAUUAAACGCCAUCUUGUAUGCAAUGGAGAACCAGAUUGUAGGGAUGGGUCAGAUGAGACUGAUUGUGAAGAUGCUGAAACAUUCUGUGAUGACAUCGAUCCAAUCCCCGGUGUUAGAAGACUAGCACAAGGUUACAAUAUCCUUACACAAGAAGGAGCUGACAUAGUGUAUGAUCCUACAUACUAUGGGGGCCAAUGUGAAUCUGUCUAUAAUGGAGAAUGGCGAGAAGAGAAGUAUGAUCCUGUGUGUGAUAAACUGUACUAUGGGGAUGAUGAGAAAUAUUUUCGAAAGCCAUACAAUGUUCACUUCUAUCAAUUUCUAGCACAUGCUGAUUCUGGUUUUUCUACAGAGUAUUUUGAUAAUGCCAAGGACUUACUGAAUGCAAUUAAACGGGACUCGUCUUGGAAUGCUGGUUUAACCGUUGGCAUAGGGCCUGUAGAUCCCGCUCUUAGUUUGGAAUUAGGGUUUCGCUUAUCACGUGGAAAGGGAACCCUCAGAAAUACUACAGACUAUGCCUCAAAGAAUUUGGUAUUUCUGCGAGCUCUUACCAAGGUACAAACAGCCCGUUUCAAGAUGAGACGAGACAAUAUAUUUCUAGAUGAAGACAUGCUUCAGGUUCUGAUGGAGCUUCCAGAUCAAUACAACUAUGGAAUGUAUGCUAAUUUUAUUAAUACUUACGGCACCCAUUUCAUGACAUCUGGAACCAUGGGAGGUGUCUUUGAAUACAUCCUUGUGAUUAACAAAGACAAAAUGGAAAAAGCAGAAAUGAAUAGCAACACAGUGAACCAGUGUUUUGGACUAUCAAUAGGUUUGACAAUUACUCCAGCGCCAAAUGUUGAUGCAGGUGCCAAGCUAUCACCUGAUUUCUGUAGUAAGGAAGCAAGCCAAAACAAAGACAAAAAAAGUGCCGAAUCAGUUAUAGAGGAUAUUAUUUCCCGGGUUCGAGGUGGAGACACAGCAUCAAUUGGCAGGAUCAUGGAAGGCUCCAGUGCUAAUGCAUACCGUUACUGGGGGAGGUCAUUAAAACUUAAUCCUGCUGUUAUUGAUUUUGAGCUGCAACCUAUACAUGAAAUACUGCAUAGAACCCAGCUUCCCAACAUGGAAAUCAAAAGGAAGAACCUGAGAAGGGCAUUGGAUCAAUAUUUACUUGACUUCAAUGCCUGUCGCUGUGGCCCAUGCCAUAACAAUGCUGAAGCCAUGAUGGUUGGGACCAAGUGCAUUUGUGAGUGCCAGAAUGGUGCUCGUGGCCCAGCAUGUGAAACUACAAUGCGGGAAGUUGGUCCAGCACAUGGUACCUGGAGUUGUUGGGCUCCAUGGACUUCUUGCCAAGGUGGAUCUAGAAGACGUACAAGAGAAUGUAACAACCCAGAACCACGAAGAGGUGGAAGAACAUGUGCCGGCAGGAAUGCACAGACAUCAGAGUGUUAAAUAUUUUCUGAGAGUGGAUUAUUAGUGGAAUAAUGGAUUCUGAUUAAAGAACAGGGUAAACCAAGCAUUGAACCAUAAAGAUAUACAUGUAUAUAUAAAGUCAGUUUAGGUGCCCAACAGGCAGGGGCGACUCAACCCAUUACGCAAAGUAAGCAUUCGCAGUAUAGUUGAUUUUGCCCAAGGGCACUCUUGAGGCGCUCUUGGGGGAAAAUAGACCUUGACAUAUGCGAGUUGUAGUUACUGGGAUGUAUAGUUCACCUAAAAUCAAAGAGCAUUCUGAACUCCACCAAUGAUGGAAUUGAACCAAAUAUGGCACACAGAACUCCCAUGACGAACAGAAAAUAUAUAUCAAUGAUUGGUUGGAGGGGGGGGGGCAUGCCAAAAUACUGUUUGCUUACCGUUGAAAAUUACCUAGGGCUGCCUCUGCCAACAGGGAAAAUACAAUUGUAAUGAUCUCAUAUGGAAUUAACAGUGUAAGUAUCCCAGCUACCAAUAGGGUCUUCCAGAAAAUGGAACUGCUUCUAUCUGCUGAAAGGAGCAAUUUCCCCUCCACCUGGAUCCCUUCCUCAUGCAUCCUCAAAACCCACCUUGGUGAGCUAGGAAAACUGAAAAAUUGCAUUAUGGCAAGAAUUAGAACUGUGUGGAUGAGAAAAAGGAAGACGUUAGAACUUAUCUCGCAAAUACCCGUUAGCAAAAGGGCUGGAUUUAGGUUUGUAAAACCUCUUCUGUAUGCAAUGCAUAAAGUUUUGUGGAAAGGGAAAAAAAUCAAACCCAAAAUUAGAAGGUAAUGUAAAUUCGGUGACUUCCUCUAGUCAAUGCUAAGCUAUGCUCAUUCUAUGAGAUCAAUGUUAAUUCUAUGGUAUCAAUGCUGCCCACAUAUGGUGGGCAGUUCAGAACAUUCCAUUCCAUGUGUAAUAAUAAGGGAUAGUGUCCACAUCUA